AUGGCGUCGGACGGGGCCCGAGACGACAAGAGGCAGAGUCCGGGGAAACGACAGAGUCCGGGGAAACGUCAGAGUCCGGGGAAACGGCAAAGUCCGGGAAAAAGAGAUGAUGCCGAAACAGGUCUGCCUCAGGGGCUUCCCUUCGACCCGCUGUUCUACUCGGCUUUCGGUGAGUCCAGCACAGACAAGCGACAGAGUCCGGGGAAACGGCAGAGUCCGGGGAAACGACAAAGUCCGGGGAAACGUCAGAGUCCGGGGAAACGGCAGAGUCCGGGGAAACGGCAAAGUCCCGGGAAGAGGGGCGGGGAGCUGAGCGCAGCGGCGGCGGGGCAGGGAGCGUACGCGCCCGCCGGCAGUCGGAAGGACUGGACGGAGAAACCUGCGAUCUAUACGACCUUCCCGGCUGGGUUCUGA